AUGGCACCCUACAAUGAUGGCCUUCUGGCCUUCCUCUUCAGACAGCUUUUCUAUACCAUUCCGGAAGUCCCUCCAGUUGAGCUCCACGGAAAAUCAGUCCUCGUAACUGGAGCAAAUUCUGGAGUUGGGUUUUGCUUAGCAUUAGAACUGGCAUCUCAUGGGGCUAAAGUGCUGGCUGCGGUCAGGUCAGUGCCAAAGGGUGAGGCGGCAAAGCAGAGGAUUCUCGAACGAGUCCCAACGGCCCAAGUUGACGUGCAAGAGUGCGAUCUCGCUUCAUUCGAUUCGGUCAAAGCCUUUGCGAACCAGAUGAAGCAGGAGUCCAAAACGUUUGAUCUGGUCAUUCUGAAUGCGGGUGUAUGGUGUUCUCAGUGGAUGGCCUCUACAGAUGGGUUCGAUAUUUCACUGCAGGUCAGUGUGGCUAGGUGA